AAACAUUGAAAUGAACGGGUCAUAAUAUGAAGUUUUCAACUCCCCUGUUUUCAGAAAAGAGAUCAUGGAGAACCAAGGUAAUCAUCUCUCUCCACUGAACAGCCGAGGUCAAAGAGAAGUUGACCAAACUUUCUAUUCCGAUCUACCAGUCAUCCAAUUUCUUCAACAAACCAGCCAAAAUGUCAAACUUCAUGAUGAAGAAGAUCGAAUUAGCGCAUUACCCGACUCCGUCAUCCACUACAUCCUCUCCUUUCUGCCAUCGACUAAAGACGCAGUACAAACUUCCGUUUUGUCAAAGAGAUGGCAAUAUCAGUGGACUCAAGUCCCCAGCCUCAUUUUCCGUUGGAUCGAUGGGUACAGUUCUGAUUUCUACGAAAACUUCUGUGAAUUUCUCGACAGAACACUGACUCUUUACUCUUCUUCCAAAACAAAGAAAUUCCACCUUGAGCUUGAUUACCCGCAAUAUUGCCAACUCUAUUCGCGAGUAGAAUCAUGGAUUCUUUUCGCUACGAGGCGUGACCUUGAGGAGCUAACCUUGAAAUUCUGUGCAUUAGAUAACUAUACAGUGAUCCAUAGUUAUUCUGAUGCUUACCCGUUACCAAAAUUCUUGUAUAGUCACAAAUCCCUAAAAGAGCUCACAACGUCGUUUUGCAAUUUCUUACCUGAAGAAAGAGUGAACUGGAGAUUGCUCAAGGUUUUGAGCAUAGGGCAUGCCACGUUGACUGACCAAGUAAUGAAUAAUAUUUUAUGUGGUAGUCCUUCACUUGAAUAUUUGAAACUUUACUACUGCCAAGGGAUUCAUCGCCUUGACAUUACGUCAAAAUGUUUGAAGAAGUUGGUGAUAUAUCAUAUUUUCGAUCUUACAGGCGGACAAGAUGAUUCUGUUCUUGAAAUUUGUGGUCCUUUCCUUGAGAAACUGAAAUUUCUGGGAAAUUGGGAAAAGAGGAAGUGCAAGUUAAUAAAUGUGUCAUCUUUGGUAGUUGCUGUCUUGGACUUUAAGUUCGGUGAUUACGGGAGAGUUGGAACUGAUUUGUAUGACAUAUAUUCAAACGCAGUGAAGGAACUUCUUGAGAAGGUUAAGCAUGCUAAGCAGCUUAAAAUCGGGACUUGGUGUAUUGAGGUUAUGUCAAUCCUAGAGGUUAAAGCUAUGCCUUCUCCAGAAUCAACUCGCAAAUGUUUAGUUCUGAACAUUCGCUAUUUCGAAAACUGGGUUCUCCCUGGCAUAGCUAAUCUUCUUCACAAUUCACCUGAGCUAGAGAAAUUAGUUAUAAAAUUAUCCUAUGGCAAAAGUUACCCGUUCAAUUUUGAUGAUAACUUCACCAACAGCUAUGAUCUUGGAGAGAAUUAUUGGACAUCACAGAGAAGAAUUUUCAGGUGCUUGUCAUUGCAUCUCAAGAACAUAGAGAUUGUCAGCUGGGAAGAACAUUUACUUGGGAAUAAACGUGCACUUGCAUUUGUAGAGUUUUUGCUUAGAAAUGCAAGAGUGCUAGAGAAGAUGGCGAUACUUGAUGCUUAUCCCUUUCAUGUUGCAAAUAAAACAGAUCAUCUUCUUCGACUGUCACAAAAAUUGCUCAGCAUCCCUAGAUCUCCUCAUGCUGUGGUUUUGUUUCCUAUUUGCAAGAAUCCUCUUGCCAUGGAAGAGGAAAGUAGUAGCCAUAAUCGAAGUGAAGAAGAAGGAACUCAAGGAAGCUCGCAGGCGAUUGAUUUUGUUGAAGAUAGAAGCUACAAAAGACUCAAAUCUCCUGAAAAUGAAGAUCGCAUUAGUGCCUUACAUGAUUCCCUCACCCAUCACAUCCUCUCCUUUCUGCCAUCAACAGAAGACGUUAUUAAAACUAGCGUUUUAUCUAAACGGUGGCAAUACAUAUGGACCCAUGUCCCAAACCUCACUUUCGAACUCGGCGAAAGUUACAAAUCUGUUAGACAGUUCGCCAGUUUCGUUGACAAAGCCCUAAUUCAGUACGCUUCUCCGAAAAUCAAGAACUUUGCUAUUGACAUCGAUCAUAAUGGAAGGUGGCUUAGCAAGCUGCAACCAAGAAUUGAAUCGUGGGUUCGUUUUGCCACUGAACGUGAAGUGGAAAAGCUUGCUUUGGACCUUUUUGAACACGACGAUUGGGAUCAUUAUACUUUGCCCCAAUUCUUGUACAAGAACCAUUGGUUGCGUGAAUUGAAGACCACACGUUGUGAUUACGCGAUUGAUGGAAAUGUGGAGUGGAGGUCACUCAAGGUUUUGGAUAUAUACGAGUCUAAUUUGACAGAUGAAGUUGUUGAAAAUAUUCUAUCUGGCAGUCCGAUGCUAGAAUCUUUAAAACUGCACUGGUGUCCAAGGAUUCAUCGCAUUGAUGUUUCAUCAAAAUGUUUGAAAAAAUUGGUGAUAGAUGGAGUUGCAGAAGGCUAUGAAGAUGAAGAAGAUGAUUCACUGCUUGAAAUCUCCAGUCCUUACGUGGAAAAACUGAAAAUUCUUGCCGAUUGGGGUAAAAGGAAGUGUAAGUUAAUGAAUGUGUCAUCCUUGGUCAGUGUUACACUCGAUUUUUACUUGGAAGUUGACAAAGAACGUGGUAAUAAGUUGUAUAAGUAUGUCAAGUAUCAAAAUCUUGUGAGGCAGCUUCUUGAGAAGGUUCAUCAUGUUAAGGAGCUAAAAAUUGGGAAUUGGUGUAUUCAGGUUUUGUCAAUAUUAGAGGUCAAAGGUCUGCCUUCUCCAUUGUCAAAUCGCAAAUGCUUAACUCUAAGCGUUUAUGAUUUUGAGAAUUGGCACCUCCCCGGGAUUGCGAGUCUACUUCGCAGUUCACCUGAGUUAGAGAAAUUAAUUAUGAAGCAUCGGGCCACAACUUUGCAGUUCAAUUUUGACCGCAAAUUUGCAAAAUCCUAUGAUUUUGGAGACAACUAUUGGGCAUCACUAAAAACAAUUUGUUUGUCAUUGCAUCUAAAGACAGUUGAGAUUAUCGACUUUCGUACAAGGUCUGGUGAGUAUGUAUUAGUAAUUGAUUUUGUUGAGUUUAUACUUAAGAAUGCAAGGAGGCUAGAGAAGAUGGUCAUAGUCGAUGCAUUUGGUGAACACCGUCAAUCUAGAAGAGAGAAUGUACUUCAAGUAGCUGAAAAAUUAUUAAGCUUCCCAAGAUCUUCUCCUAAUGCUGUGGUUCUGCUUCCCAAGUGAUGUUCAAGAACUUUCUUGACUCUCUUGUGUAAAAAGGAAGCAGUUUUCACUUCUUAAGAAGAAAUUUCUGUGGAACUCCCGAAUUUUGUACAAGUUUUAUAAAGAAUAAAUGUCUCUCUAUAUUUUCUUCUUUACAAUCUCAUCUUAUUGAAGUUUUACCUGGCAUAUGUAGCCUGUGUAAUAUGAUGAUUGAUAAGACUGAGGCCCCUCUAUUUAAUUUACACUCCACAUCUUUUUGAUAUUUGUAAAUGGCAGAUUAUUUGUACGUUCUUUUUUUAUUAUUAUUAAAUCCUCAUGCUUAUUUGAGUUUUA